ACCGGGUGGAGUCAUUCUCGACUAGUCAGUACACGAAGGAUCUCGACACAAAAUGAGUAUAAACGACAAAGUGGUCAUCGUGACGGGCGCGAGCUCCGGAAUCGGCGCCUCCAUCGCCGUAGAGUCAGCAAAACUCGGCGCCAAAGUGGUGAUGGUCGGCAGAAACGAGGAGAAGCUCAGCAAAGUGUCCUCCGACUGCGCCAGCGUCGGCAAGAAAGUGCAGCCCCUCGUGAUCAACGCCGACGUUUCCAAGGACGAAGACGUGAGGAGGAUCAUCGACACCACCGUGCAGCAGUUCGGACAGAUCGACGUGUUGAUCAACAACGCGGGAUUCAACAAGCUCGUCACCAUCCACGAUGAGAAGGCAAUGGACGCAUUCGACGCAGUGUUGGCGACCAACCUGCGAGGAGUGGUUCAUUUAACCCACCUGGCCAUUCCUUACUUGAAGAAAACGAAGGGCAACAUCGUCAACGUAUCAAGCGUGGCCGCUGUGAAGCCCAUGGGACAAACCUUCUGGGCGUACUGCACGUCAAAGGCAGCUUUGGACCACUUCUCCAAGUGCAUGGCUCGAGAGCUGGCUCCCGAUGUGAGGGUCAACGUGGUGAACCCUGGACCGGUGGCGACUGACUUCGGCGCCAACAGCGGCAUGCCUGCCGACCUGAAGCUCGAGAUCAAGGACAUGGUGGUCCUAGAGCGUAUCAGCCAGUCGGAGGAGGUCACCGACAUUGUCCUGUUCCUGAUGAGUGACCGAGCGAGGGGCGUGACUGGCUCCUGCUUCUUAACUGAUAAUGGUCUCCUUCUUAAAUAAAUUUAUGUUUAGUUAAA